CGGGAAUUUGAACGGUAUGUUUGAGGAAAAUAGUUUCAAGUAAGGUUCGAGAGGUUGAACAAAACGUCUUACAACAUAUUUCUACGACUCUCUUAAAUUUAAUAUUUCCGUUUACGCAAAAUACUGUAAUCGUUUACGAGGAAACCAUCGAUUUCAGGUCUUACACGUUUGUGUGUGUUUUUCUUAUGCAAAAAGAAAACAUCCCUGUUAGAAAAAUUUAACCAAAGCCAUUGCUUCUCGUAUCCAUCAGAACGUGAUUUUUCCAUAUGUUGCAUUUCAUAUUAAUGAAGUGAAGUUUGUUUAUUGAGGAAUGAUUAUUUAGCCCGUAAUUUUACUUUAAUAUAACUAAAAUGUUGCGAUAUUUAUGCGCGAACGCUCUUCGCAUAAGAUCGUCGGGUCUCAAUUAUUUGACAUCGCUGUCGAGUAGAAACGGAUCCGUAUCAAUGACACCGUUUUUAGAUAAACAUCUUAUGGGAAAUACUUUCCAGAAAAGCUUUUAUUCGCUACUUCAAGUUCAGAAGCCAAGUGUCACUCAUUACCAAAUUCCUUUAACUAUUAUACCGGGGAGUUUGAAUGCUGUUGCAGCAAGUAAGCAGCUACAGAUUUGUCGUAGUGUUACAAAAUUCUCCUUGACUAAAGGUAAGCGCAAGUCAGUUAAAGCAGUACUCAAACGCUUUAAACGUCUGGACUGGGGCGGUUGGAUACGUACACGCACCGGUCGACAUAAGAAGAUGUUUAGGAAAUCGAACGCAUUGAAACGUCGCCUGCGCCAACAUGUGUUUGUUAAUGCUACACAAGCACAUUUGCUCGAUAAAAUGGUAACGAGCUUUUGGCGUCGUCCAAAAUAUUGGAUUGAUGAUCCUUACGCUCCCUAUCACCGUCGAGACGAAUAUUUCGCUACAAAACGUAAGGAAUUUAAGGUAUAAAUCUUUAUUUAUUCUAUGGAAAUUAGUAAAUCUGAGCCAUUAUCGCACUUACUAAUUGAAAAUAAAGGUAAAAUAUAUACCGUUU